AUGGCGACUUCUACAGAUAUGAAAGGAAAUGUGGUGAAAAUGGAAGUGGAUUACAGUGAUACUGUAGACAAAAGAAUACCAGAAUGCGAAGCAUUAGCUUCUGUAAGUUAGAACUAGUUUUAGUGGUUUUCCUUCUUGAGAAGAACGGCUUUAACUUAGCACGUGCCGGUCAAGUAACGAGCUAUGUACGAGAACCGGUUUAUUUCUUUUUAAUUUAGAUCCUUUAAGCUUCUUUUAUAUGGAAAAAGAUACAGAUCAAAGCUUUAUUUAUGUUAUUCCUGUUGUUUGCUAGGAUGGUAAACUCAGUGAUGCUCUGGAAAUUCUCCUUUCUUUGGAAAAACAGACUAGAACGGUGAGUGGUAUUGUUAAAGCAGCAUGUCAUGCAUGUUAUAAACUAAAGUUGUGGAUUGCUUAGAUAUUUCUUGGACCUUUACAAUAAUAUUAACUACCCUUGGUGCCAGAGUCUUUUCAUAUGCAGUUUCGGGUUUUGGUCAAGUCUUUAUUUUGACCCGCAUGAAAAGACCCAGAGUAAGACAGCCAUUCCUUUGAUAGUGCAAAACCAAAAUUAUAUUAGGUCAAUCCCACUACCAAAACAUCCAGUAUCUGUUUUUUUUUUACUGAUUAGUGGGAUGCUGUAUGUUUCAAGUGCUGUGUUUGGGUGAGAACCGCGAUGGGUGCAUGAUUGGAAGGCUAGUAGUUUGGACGUGACAAAGAUCAAAUCCAGACACAAAAGACGUUCAUAAUUAAUUUUAUACGGGGUCCUGUAUGUUUAAUCUGCUUUCUUACCCAGGAAAAGGUUUACAAACAAAAGAUUCGGCUUAGGGAAUAACCAAAGUUAUUGAAACAUCCGUUGGGUUGAGAAAGUAAACAUGCAAAAAAUAGAGGGCAUUGCAAGCUUGGUUGUAUUUCGCCCAAUUGAUUGGAAACAUUUCCUAGUACAAAAUGUAUGGUCCAACCCAUGUGUUGUCAUCCUCAACUGUGAAAAGUUCUCUGUACUCUUACUAACUUACAUAGUACACUGUACUAACUCCCAUUCACCUAAAAUUGAGAUCCACAUACAUGUACUCUAUAUAAAGAGACCAAAACAUGGAACCUUGUUCACUGGAGUUGUUUUGACUAUUUUGGAAAGAGGCAGCUCCAAAGUGAUAGCUGUGACACAGCUACUGUAAUUUAAGGGCGCUUUCAGGAAAUUCUUUAAACUAUGGUUGGGAUUUUUAUGGAAUACACAUUUUUUACAGGGUGUUUCUCUGUCCAAAGAAUAGUUUAGUUGAUUGAUUCUUGCCUCACUAGAGCUUUAACUAUAGCCAUUCAAUUCCUAAACAUUAGUAAUUCUCUGGUCUUAUGGCUGCUUUACAGAGGAAGAGGGGUGGAGGAUACAUGUCGGUAGCUGGACCACUUUAACCCUUUCCCUAGAUCUGGUACUAUUAGUCUUGGCUGGGGUUGGGUUGCAAUAUGCAGCUGAAGGCUAACAUUGCAGUGUUCAAACAUUAUACCUCUAGUAGCCUAGAAGGAAAUAGGGUAUCAUCUGCUUUCUGGUUUGAUUUCCCUAUGUUUACAACCUAUUGUCAUAUCAUGAGAUUUUGUAACUUGCUCCUGCUUUCUUGUUUUUCAUGCCUUUCAGGUCAUUUUGCAUUAAUAAAUUUGUAACGUUUUAUUUUCAAUAGCAAUAGCUUCAGUAGUUCAAUCAUGGGUUAACUGAACUACAUUGUACUUAGUCUUUGCUUGUCUCAUUUUAGUCUGGGUAAAGUCAAUAAGCUCCUUUAACAAUUAAAGGAGCUUAUUGAUUAUUAUUAUUGUGACUUGAGCAAAAAACAAGGACUCAAAAACUAUGUGUGAACUUGAACCCAUGUAUGUAAGAGUAAUAAAUAAAUAAAUAAAUAUUGUUAUUUUUAACUGAAGCUUAAAUGAGACCCUACUGAGUUGAGCUUAGGAAUACCCUGUAGAUUUAUUGUUUGACAUACCUAAUUUUGUUGGACUAAUGUGAUUUCAUUUGCCCCUCCCACCUUAAGGCUGCUGAUAUGCAUUCUACAAGCCGAGUGUUGGUGUGCAUCGUUCAGCUCUGUUUCAAGAAUAAAGACUGGAAUGCACUUAAUGAACACAUUGUUAUCUUGACAAAGAGAAGGAGCCAGUUAAAACAGGUAUGAGGAAUGGUGCUCUGCACAGAUGAUGUCCCAGAUUUCUUAUCUCCCAGACAAAAAAUGAUCCUAUUGUAAUCUGUGCAAAAAUUUUGUACAGGAAAGUCAUGACAUGACUGCAAUUUAUUCUACCCAAUCUUUGCGGAGUGUUUUGCAUUUUUCAAUGAGAUGUUCAGAACAUUAUUUGGGAAUAUGAUCAGAAUGUCAAUAACUGUACAAAGCAGUGAUUGGCUUCAGUGUUUUACAUUUAGUUAAGAGAUGGGUCUCGGAUCCCAUAAUGAAGGCUGCCUGAUUUGACAAUGAAAUAGAAAAGUUUGCUUUAUGUUGUGAAAAUGAAAAAAGAGACAUGUUAAUUUUCCCUGAAAAAAGAAAUACGUCAUUUUAACAAACCAUGUUGGUGUGUGGCUGUUCAGUAAUAGUUCACAGACAUCAAAAUGUGGUAAAACAAAAAAGUGGCACACAAGCCAGAGGCACACCUAGUUUGUAGUGGUAUUAUUCCUUUCCUUUCAGUGAAAAUUGAACUGUUGUGUGUAACUAAUAUCAGAGCUAGAUCAGUGAAGUCCAACUUUUGGAUUUCACUAGCCUACAAUAGGUUCUCCCACUUAAUCAAAUACAACAAGUUUAUUUUGACUAAUUUAGUCAGCUCUCUGCUCUCUCCUUAUUAUGUAACUCCUUUUUUCAGGAGUUGUUUUUGUGCCCAAAACUUUUCCUUCUCAUAUAAAGCCGUUGAAUGGACGAUGUAAGUUUUGUCUGAGUAACCUGGGGAGUCUAACCAACAAAUGACUAUAUCUCUGCUCCCCUACCAAUAAUGUUAUAUUUGUGAUAAAAUGUCCUUUCAGGCUGUAACAAAAAUGAUUCAAGAGGCAUUCAGCUAUGUAGAACAGACUCCAGACCUGGAAACCAAACUGAAACUGAUAGAUACACUCAGGACAGUCACAGCUGGAAAGGUACAAACAAAUCUCUGCCAUUUUGAUAGUAGUAGUGCGUUACAGUCGACUCCCGAUAACUCGAACCCUCCCUAACUCCAACUUUGCACUAACUUUAACAAAAAUCGAUUUCCCCUGGAUUUCCUUCAUACAUUUUCUAUAAUUUGACCCUCGGUAACUCAAACCCUUGAUAACUCAAACCUCUCGCCAACUUGAAGUAAUUUUUGUUUCCCUUCAGGUAAUUUCCAUGUUAUUAAAUUUACCCUCGUUACUUUAAGCGCCUCCCAAUGACUCGAACCUUCUAGGGAAAUCAAAAAAUGUUUGAGUUAGAGGGAGUUCGAGUUAUUGGUAGUUCGAAGCAAAUGACCGGAAAUAAGAAAAUGGGAUAGAGAAUGAGUGCAAGUAAUGUGCACGCUUCAAAGCUUGAUAAAUACACAGUGCUGGGCACUGUAUUUAAACUGGACUGACAAAAAAGUCAAGACAUAGAAUACAUGGUUUUAUAAUAUAAUGCUUCAGACUGCAGAACACUUUUUUUUCAACUUUUUUUUCGAUUUUUGUCAUUUAUUAUUGAAACUUACUGGUAAGACAUGUCCCCAUAGGGAUUUUGCAGUUACAGGUAUAGUAUGCUUUACAGCUACAGUAAAACCUGUAUUAAAUGGACCCCCUGUCAAGCAGUCGCCCUAUAAUAGGCAGACACUAGCAGCAAAAAUUCACUUACUUUCUCUUGCAUAUGUUUGUAAAACAAACCAGUCUUGAGAGGAAAUCUCUAUUAGGUAGUCACUAUGAAGGUUCCUGUGGGUGUCUGCACAACACAUGUUUCACUGUACAUGCUGCUUAACAACUCAUUUUUAUGGCACAUGUAGAUAUAUGUUGAGAUAGAGAGGGCUCGUUUGACAAGAAUGCUGGCUAAAAUCAAGGAAGACCAAGGUGACAUAGCAGGUAAUUAUAUCUUUGCUAAAAGCAACAUUAGUUACACUGUGAAGCAACAGUGUUUACUUUAAUACUUUAUGGAACCUAUCUCAGUUUACAUUUUACCCUUUCUCAAUGAAACAGCAGCGCUCAAAAACCCUUCUACAUAGGUGAAACAAACCUGAAGUAAAGUAUUUACACCAGUGUGCUGUAAUAUUUUUUCACAAACAAAAAGAACAAAUUUAUGAGAAAAUUACUUCCAAGAAUCUCCCUUGCUAACUGUUUCUAUUUGUUUUCUUUUAGAGGCAGCCACUAUUCUUCAGGAACUUCAGGUAGGAUAUUGCAAUCCUUGUGCUCCAAACGUCUCUGUCUCUUAGUGCAUUUACCAAAAGUUGACAUACGCCAGGCAGGUGGAUAAGUUUGAAGAUGAAAAAUGCUUUUUUCCAAAGUUUUUGCUAGAAACCUGUUGCUGCCCUGCAUACCAUUUAGGAAUAAACUGAUGUGACCAGGCAUUCCUGACUAAUAGUGGAACUCUCUUUAAGACUGGACUUAUGUAGCCAGUCCGUUCUGACUAGUAGUUAGCUCCUCUCCACCCCUGUGCAGACUAGGUCCUGUGUCCAACUCUUGGGUACUAGCACUAGUAUGGUUUCUGUGGCGGUUUUGUAGACAGACUUAGAAAGAAGGUCCAUAUUAAAAAAUAUGCUGGUUCUACUCUAAAAUAAUGUAGACGGUUUUUGCUUGAACAGGUUGAGACAUAUGGCUCAAUGGAAAGACGUGAAAAGGUGGAAUUCAUUUUGGAGCAAAUGAGAUUGUGUCUGGCAAAGAAGGACUACAUUAGGACACAGAUUAUAAGCAAGAAGAUCAGCCCAAAGGUCUUUGAGAACAACCAAGAGCAGGUAACUUGUUAUUAAUAGAAUAUUUAAAGCUCAUUUACAUGUCUUUUCAAUUACAUUAUGUGAAGGUAAGAAAUUCACGGCAAGCACUGCAUAACAUUUUUUUAACCUCAUCGACUAGGUGCAUGCCUUUUUCCAUAUUUGGCGGAAAAUUCUCGCAUCUUGUUUUUGCUUUACUUCAUACUGCUUCCAAAGCCUUCCGUAGUGUUUGAAACUGUACUUGUUCUUUUUUGAUUUUCUUGAUCUUCCAUUUCCUUUUCACAAAUUUUGGGCAGCGACCUUAUCUGAAAAAAAAAAUAUCCAAGGAUCUAUGCAUCUGAUUUGUAUAAUGAAUAGGUUGCACAAACGAGCCACUUUUGAAAGAAAACAAAACAAAAACAGCAACGAGAAAGAUGGUAGAGGUAUAUUAAUUAAGGUUGUGUUUACAUGUAGAUCUCCCCAAGCAACAAAAGCAUGGUUACCUUGAAUUUUGUGAAAUUCUUAUUUUUCGUGUUCUUUGAUUAUUUUGCAAGCAUAUCUUAAAUUAGAACGACAAAUUGUUUAAGAUAAAAAACAAUCUUAUGUAGAAACGUAAAACAUCAGCCUAGUUCUAUAAAUGACAAUACUUAAUUUAAAUGAAUUUUCUACUAACCAUGUCGUGUUACUUGAGCACAUUUUUAACCAAACAUUGGAAACUACUAACCAUUGGUCAAUGGGUUACUGUUAAUUUUGAACCUUGCAACAAUCUUUCAUUUUAUAUUGAGCAUACAAUGUACUGAAAAAGGAUCAAAUUAAAAAAAUGAACCUAGAUGUGGACAUGUGUCUUUCUUCAGACAGAGUAGUUGUUAGGGAGUAUUAUCCCCUUAAAGAGUAUCAUCAUACGGCUGUAGUUUCUACAGACAUAUACCGGUAUGUACCUCAACUGUCACUGGAUGAUAAGUGACCACACAAUGGCUAUUCAAAUGUCUGCGUAUGCUUCAACUGACAGCUUGUCAGGACAUUUGAGUCCAUGUUGUUAUUUUUGCCCAUUACAUGCUUGUAAGUAAAGUUAAGGCAGAAGUUAUUUCUUAUUGACAAGUUACUUCUUCUUGACAAACAAAUGUGUCUUCCAGGCACUAUGAUUCAAGCUUACAGAUAAUGAGGAUAAACUUUCUGAAUUCCUCAAUUACUCACUGAUAUAGUUGGUUACUGAAACCACAGAAAGUAAAAGAAUUCAUCGUUUAUACAUAGUGGGAGAUAAGAAACUCUUUGACUAGUAUUUUUUCUGUUUCAGGAUUUAAAAUUAAAGUUUUAUCAGUUAAUGAUAGAGGUGGCUCGGCAUGAUGGUAGCUAUCUGGAUAUCUGUAAAUAUUACAGAGCCAUGUUUGACACACCAUCCGUUUUGGAGGACAAAGCCAAGAAACAUGAGGUGAGGAUGAAAAAUGACAUUUCUGUGUCAUUGUUUUGUCAUUAUUUAAUAUUCAAAGGUAAAAGGGCCUAAUUUUCAAUUUUUUUUUAAAUACAUGUACAAAUAAAUAUUGCUCCAAAUAUUAUUAACAGGCUCUUAUUUGACCUAGGCACCUGCUAGGUACAAAAUAUUGAGUGAGUGGGCUUCAGAUGAAUCUCUCUGAUGGAUUGAACUCUGGAAGUGUUCAAUUCUUUUAUUGUACUGAUGCUUACAAACUAAUUUUUGUUUGUUUGGUUGUUUUUCUGCAGGUUUUAAAGAAUGCAGUACUGUUUCUCAUUCUUGCUCCUUACGAUAAUGAACAGUCUGACCUUAUUCACCGUGUCGGUGAGGAGAAAACGUUAGAUGAGAUCCCUCUUUACAGGUACAUAAAUACCAAUAAUACCAACAACACUAACUUGAUACAAGUUCUAUAACUUAAAUCUGUGCUAUAAAAGUAACUGAAUUUCAGUAAAGUUCAGCGUGUGUAAUAUUUUAAUUUUCCCCAAUUAAUCAAGCAGCUUGACCAAUAUCUGGUUCUGUGAAUGAAGAGCUGUUAGCUUCAAUUUUCCUAAUUGAAGGGAUAUUUUGUCCAGGAAGAAGCACAAAGCAUAAAAACCUUGCACAACAAUAUUCACAACAUAUUCUUGCAACAUGGCAGUGAAGGGAUAUAUGGAAUAAAGCAUCAGUUGGCUUCUGAUAAAGUUACAGUUUGCCAAGUGUGCAUUCUUGUUAAUCAAAAGGAGAAUCUGGUAUUAGAUCAGGCGCCACUUGGGGUCAUGGACAGUGUCCAGUCAAAAAUUAGCCUGAGAAAACAGCCAACGUUUUGGGAUGCCACUUUUGAUUUCCAUGUGAUAUGGCAUCUGAGAAAUGUGCAAAGAAAUUCCAUACUGAUGAUGCAUCACUGCUCAGAUUUCAUAUAUACUUCACAUCAAUGCAUCAUCAGUAUGGAAUUUGUGCGCUUGUCUCUCAGAUGUCAUUUCAAGGGGAAACCAGUGGUGACAUCGCUAAAUGUUGGCUGUUUUCUCAGGCCAGUUAAAAAUAGACAUUGACUUUGUGCGGUCAUUUACUCAUCUGAUAAAAAAAAUUAAUUCAAAACUUCAGAUUUUAAUAGCAGUUAGGGUUGGAUAUUUUUGGCAUUUGUGAAGAAAAAAGGGAAAAGAAAGAUAACACCAGACCAAGAUUUUUGAUAAAAUAAAUGAUUUAAUGAUUUAAUGCAAUGCUUCCUCUAAAAUUGGCCUGCUGUAAAAGGACUUUUAUGUUAGCAAAACUAGGUUUGACUAAACAACCUGAUCAGGGAUAGCCACAAAAUUAUUUCAAGCUCUGCCCUUUGAAUUAUCAGACUUGAUGUUUUUUUUCCCGCGUUUUUUUUAAACUUUGGGAAUACUGUGUUAAAAUAUACAAUAAUAUUGCAUAGUCCAAUGUAGCUUUAAUUAUUAAAAUAUGACAAUAUUUGGUCUCAAUCCUUCUGUUAGGGAUCUUCUCAAGUGCUUUACCACUGCUGAACUGAUGCGCUGGUCCUAUGUUAAAGAACUGUAUGAGUCUGAAUUGAGAACGAGCACUUCUGCUACUGGUGUGUUUGAACCAGCUACUGAUGAAGGCAAUAAGCGCUGGGAAGACUUGAGAAAAAGGGUUGUGGAACAUGUGAGUUUUUAAGUACAUGUGCUUGCAAAUGGUGUUAAUCAUAAUCCACUUUAAAGUUACCACAUAACUUCAGAAGCAUCUCGAGUCCGUAUGAUGUAGCUUUAUUUAUUCUGAUUAAACUGCAAAUAUCUAAAAUCUUAUUGCAUUAGUGAAUUUGAAAGUGCCUUUAUUAAUAAUGUAAUGGAAAGUUACAAAACCUCUGAAAAUUAGGAUUUAAAUGGUCAAGUGAUCUUGCAGAAAUACCUCUGGCAACAAAAAUGUGUUGAGAAAAAAAAUUCCACAACCUUCUUGGUGUUUAAAUGUAUAUGAUACACUAACACUAACUUCCUUCCAAAUUUUACUGCAAUAAUAAUAUUGAGAAACGACAUGUAUAUGCCCAACUUUCCUGACUACCACAUACACAUAAACUCUUGCAGAUGGAAAUUUGACUAUGGUUUUCCUGAACUUGUCAUGCCUUCCUACCCCUUCCUGAAACUUAACAUUCAUUCAUUGGUAGUUUCAUAUAGCCUGCGUCGCAGACGCUCUAAACCUUCUGUAUAUAGCGUCUGCGAAUUAGUGCACAAUAUCGUGUUCGAAUCCCGUAGAGUCGCAAAGAAAUAUGUCAGCGUUAUUGAUUGGCUAUUUUCUUUCGCAGUUUGUGAUUAGUCCGAUUUGAAUUAAGCGUUGACAGGCCAAACAUGACUCAUAGCUCGUGACCAGAGAGAUUGAGCUUGUGGUAGUGUGAAACGUGACUUUAGAGACCCCUAGAGUAGCUUGAACAACAGAUGUUUUUCUUCCUCUCUUUUUGCGUGAUUUAUACAGUGCGUGGAGUAUUCUACAAUUUGACUGAGCAAAUUUUUUUUUGCUUUGAGUCUCACCUUUAGCUACAUUUAGAGGAUGUGAAGCUGGUCUGUUUCGUACAUAUUGAGUAAUUAGUUCCUGUAGUUUAUUUUUUGGCAGAUGCAUAAAUGAUUUUCUUUUACCUCUGAUUAAGCCUUAAGCUUCUUUAUUGCGGCUAAAUAACCUUCGUUUCUUUGGUUUUCAACGAAACGCUUGGACCUGAACAGCUACAUCUGUGUAGUUUUUUUUCUAUCGUGAAUAACGUGAUGAUUUCUUCAUUUGCUUUGACUCUAGAACUGUCGACUAAAUUACAGAAUACGCAGUAGUACAUCUGCAGCGAUUGGAAGACGCUGGGAAACCAGCCAGCAAAUUUACUAGCAAAUUCUGGCCUUGAAGGAAUUAUCUCAAAGCGUUUUUUUGCUCAGAAGACGGCUCUAAAGUUCGAACUACUCUUUCAUUGUUCACUGUAAACGAUCCUUGCCAACUCCCUUCUGUGAAUUUUGACAUGUCACUGCGCCCAGCCGUCACGCACACGUAAAAAUAAGGCCAAUCGUGCGGCUCGUAAGAAGCCCGUAAGAAACCCGCCUAUCAGAAAUGCUCACAUAUGUCCUUGCGACUCUGCAGGAUAUUAGAACGAGCUUUUGUGCACUAAUUCGCAGACGGACUAUACAAAGUUUUAGACGAGCGCGUUGGCCGGUUGCAACGCAGGCUAGUUUCAUAAUAAUAAACCAGAAAACCAUGCAAAUUUUCUUUAGAGAGAGUGAGUACACGUCUUGACAGUUGAAAGAACUGAUUAAUCUGUGGCUCUCGUAAUGCCCCGAUUUAAGGAGUAUUAUAGGAUGCCCAGAGGGCAUGAGCACAUUUCGUUUGUAUUUUCGAGCGCUUUUCGGGACAUUUUUUCUUAAAGUUUUCUUAGAAUAAGAUUGUAAUGGGAAAAAAGAUCCUUGUGCCUUGUUUGGAUGUAAUAAUGAUCGCCUUUUUCUAGUUUAGUAUUAGAAAUAUGGUCCUUCACGAUCAUUAUUACAUCCAAACACAGCACAAGGAUCUCUUUUCCCAUUACAAUCUUAUUCUAAGAAAACUUUAAGAAAAAAUGUCCCGAAAAGCGCUCGAAAAUACAAACGAAAUGUGCUCAUGCCCCCUGGGCAUCCUAUAAUACUCCUUAAAUUGAAUUAAUAAUUAACUAACCGAUACGGCAGCCAUAUUGAAUUAUUCAAUAUGGCCGCCGUAUCGGUAAAAAGGUCUAUUGCAGACACUUACUAAAUCGAAUUUGAAUUAUUUUGGAAAAGUUGAUUUAUGAAGUCAGGAGUCAAUACUGGGAACUGAACCUGGAUUACAUUGGAGGGAGGCAAGUGCUCUCUCUACUAGGCCAUGCUUUCUCCCCAAAUGAAUCUGUUGUAAAGCUCUUAGAUUCAUGUAAAUCCUUAUGUUUUAGAAAUUUUCAUUUAUUUCUUUCCAGAACAUCAGAGUAAUGGCUAAAUACUACACUAGAAUAACAUUGAAAAGGAUGAGCCAGUUGCUGGAUCUCAGUGUAGAUGUAAGUUUAUAGCUACAAUUUAACAUUAUAUUUUCUUCUUCUCAGUACUGGAAAUGUUGAAAGUGAUGCUAGAUUAUUGAAUGUGAAUUUCAGAUUUUGGCAUGCUUCUGUGAACUCAGCCAGAGGUCUAACUAUGAGCAAGGGUCCCUGAGAGUUCACAAGACUUCCGUCUCUUUGAAGUUUUGUUUUGACAAGAAGUUCUGUGUUAUUUACAAAAGAAUUGGCAGAUUCUGUUGCCUUGUUCUCACAAGAAAAGCACAGUGAAGCAAAUUAUAUGAAAGCAAAUAUAGCCAAAAACACUUAGUACGGGAUCGAUUAAAAGACAUUGAAAAUGAGGGGAGCUGUAUAACAAACCAAAUUUCUAAGAUUAACUGAAUGCAAGUGAAGUGUCUGCUGUCUUGUCCCCUAACAGUUUUUUUUUGUAUUCUUACAUUAUCAGGAGACUGAGCUAUUCCUUUCUGAGCUAGUGGUAUCCAAAACAGUGUUCGCAAGAAUUGACCGACCUGCUGGCAUUGUCAGUUUCAGUGCCCACAAAGAAUCUAAUGAAAUUCUAAACGAGUGGUCGCACAAUCUUAACACUCUAAUGCAACUUUUAAAUCGUACAACCCAUCUCAUUACAAAGGAGGAGAUGGUGCACAAACUUGUACAAAUGUAGCUUCUUUCCAGUGG